AUGAAUCCAGUAAAGGGCUCCCCGCACGACGGUUUAGCGAUGGCCCUAGAACUAGAAUGCAUCUUGAAACAGGCGUUGGGGAUGAAUGGAGAGUUGAGGCUAUUAUCACUGACAAUGCGGGCCAAUACGGACGGGCUAAACUCCAUUUAG